AUGGACCCGGACGUCGCGCUCCACCUUCAGAUCGCCGCGGUGGUCGUGAUGGCGGUGCUCAUCGUCGCUCUAGCCGUCGCGGCCUCCGGCGGAGCCUGCGACGACGCGGCCGGGGGCGCCGCGGUGCACGCCGCCGACGUCGAGGCCGCCCUCGGCAACGACACGCUCAUGACGUACGAGCAGGCGGCCGCCAGGAAGAAGAAGGAGAAGGGGGAGGAAGAGGAGGAGCGGUGCGCCAUCUGCCUGUCAGAGUACGGCGAGGGCGAGGCCGGCGAGCUGGUGCGGGUGGUGCCGGCCUGCGGGCACUUCUACCACGCGAGCUGCGACGUCGACAAGUGGCUCCGGAAGCGCCGGACGUGCCCGCUCUGCCGCGGAGGGCUCUGGCCCCCGCCGCCGCCGCUGCCGGGGCUGCCACGGCCGGAGUGCCCGCCGAUGCCGCCGUCCCAUUAG